AAUGAGCGCGAAGUUCCUAACCUCACAAAACUUUUGAAAUUUGUUGUGUUGUUUCACGUUUACGAGCUAUUGUUAUUUCGUUAUUAAUUCCGCGAUGGUGAAAACGACAUAUUGAUAAAACAAUAGUAGUGAGUGAAAAGCGUUUCUUACUCCCCUACACCUAAUUCAUCCGUUCAUCCUACAGUUUUUGAAAUGCGAAAGUCUGCGUUUCAGACCUCGCUCAACUUUUAUUAUUAAUCAAGGCAACUUUGGCAGAAUUUUGCAACUUUAUUCUCAUCGUCGCCUUGUUUACGGCCAAACUCGCCCGAAAAUUAUUUCGUUUACACCGCCUAGAAAUAAACUUUGUUACUUGUCUUAAUUAAAACCAAUUUGUUUUGGCUUUUCCCUCGAAGAAAAUGUCUUUAGUGUCUGCUGAGUUGGCUGCGACCUGCAGUGCUCUUGGAUACUACGAUGACAAGACGAAAAAGUAUCAUGCAGAUGAGAAUGUCCUGGAAACUGUGAAAGAUUUAAUUCGUUAUCUUAGAAGGGAUGAUGAAAACCAUGAGAUUAGAAGGGAGCUCGGAGAGUCCAAAGUUCUUGAGGCUGAUUUGUUGCCACUUCUGAAAUCGUACUGGGAAGAGACAGAAUUAUUUGACAUUCUACUCAGGUUAUUGGUUAACUUAACAACACCUCCGUUGAUCCUUUGGAAUGAAGAAAUACCAACCGAUAAGAAUGUGAGAAAUUAUUAUAUGCAAAUUGAGGAACAUCUGCAGAGUUACAAAUUGUCAUUUGCUGAUGAAGGGUUAUGGUCAGUUCUCAGCUCCCGAUUGAGCAGCAUUCUAGAACAAGAAGCCGUGGAACGCACAGACGAAGUCAGCCUCAUCAUCGAGCGAAUACUGGUGCUGAUCAGAAACAUCCUCUACGUCCCAGCUGAUCGCACCCUGAAGAGAAGACCAGACAACGACGCCAAUGACCAUGACCAGGUGUUGUGGGCCAUGCACCAAUCAGGCAUCCUGGACAUCCUGCUGUACAUAGCGUCUUCUACCAAUGAACAAACUUAUCACGCCCACGUACUCGAGAUCUUAUCUCACCUGCUGAAAGAACAGAACCCAACGGAACUGGGCAAGACGGAACUGAACAGGAACUACGCAGAGAAAGUUAAGGACGAGGCUGAAUUGCUGGCUAUAAGGCACAAAGAAACGAUAAAGAGGCAGCAGAAGGCGAAGCUUUAUAGCGGAGCUAGACACUCGAGGUUCGGCGGCACCUUCGUGGUCAAGUCCAUGAAGUCGAUCAGCGACAACGACCUCAUCUACCACAAGCCUCUCAGCCGUCUGGACGCCCUCUCAUUCGACGCCGAGAAGCAGAAGCCGAGGACGCCAAGAAACAGACUGCCCAUCCACAUGGAACCCGUGGAGAGACGCUCUGCCUUCUCCAUACGUCUGUUCCUCAAGGAGUUCUGCGUGGAGUUCCUCAAGGGCGCCUACAACACCCUCAUGUACCAGGUGAAGGAUCAACUGGUCAGGUCCAAAUCUCACAACCACGACGCGUCGUACUACCUCUGGGCCAUCAGGUUCUUCAUGGAGUUCAACAGGGCGCACAAGUUCGAGGUCAAGUUGGUCAGUGAAACCCUAUCGGUCCAAACUUUCCACUACGUGCAGCAGCACAUGGAGAACUUCUUCGACAUGAUCCAGAGUGACAAGAAGAAGCUGAGGGCGUGGUCGCGUAGGCUGCACAUAGCCCUCCUCGCUUACAGGGAACUACUACUCACCCUCUGCUACAUGGACAAGUCGCCGGACGGCACUGUACGUGACUCCAGCAAGGUGAUCAAGAGCAACAUCUUCUACGUGCUGGAGUACAGGGAGCUGGUGCUCACCCUUCUCCUCACCUUCGACGAGCUGAAGAUGUCCGAUCAAUACCUCAAGGAUUUGAUGGAGACCCAGCACAUCUUCCUUAGGUCUUUCGAGGCCUUCUGCAAGGAUGGCAGCGUUAUUGUGCAGACGAAGAGCAAGGCCAAGAGGAAGAAGAAGAAAGCGCCUCCUGUACAGGUGCCACUCGAAGUCAGCCUGCAAAAUAGGUGGGACGAAGCCUCACAGUACCUUGCAACAGUUUUGGAAGGCAACAACAUUCCGACAGAUGUCGUUCCGUUCGACGCCACUUCCGAUGUACCUAUAGACGAACAAAAAUCGGAAACGAUGGUUAAGAUCCAGAAGCAGCUGAGGUGCGGGGAGCACGAGAACGCAAUAGGGCUAUUGCGUGCAGCCAGAGAGGUGUGGCCAGAAAAUGAUUCAUUCGGCAGCCAAGGAAUGUCACCAGAAGAGGAGUUUGCAGCCUUGAGGGACAUAUUCCUAGCAGAUUUAGGAGAAAACGAUGAGCUAGUCCAACCUCAACCAGUUUACGAUGAGAACGAUGAAGAGGAAGAAGAAGAUGAAGAUGGUGGAAUCAACUUUUCCGAAAAUGACAUCAAAUUUGAAGAUUUCUGCAAACGGCUGAGCCAUCCCAAGAUAGUCAGAGCAACAGCCUUGGCUCUGUCCAUGUUCGAAGAGAAUUCAGUGAACACCAACCAUUGCAUCGUCAAGUUGAUGCACAGAAUCGCAUUCGAUUGCAAGAUGUAUGCUAUGAUGUACCAAGUCUCGCUCUUCAUGACGUUUAAGAGGAUAAUGGACCUCAAAGGAAUGCCAGAAUAUAAGGAACUUGUAAAAUUCGUGACGUACAUUCUACGCCAGUUCUUCAAAGCGGCGGAAACCAAUAAGAAAAUCUUCAUGGAAGCUCUCUUCUGGAAGUCUUCUAAGGACGCUUACGAUGUAGAGUAUGGCUAUGGAAGCUACCAAGAGAAGGCCAACUCGAACGUACGCGUCUGGACGGAGGAAGACGAGGACGAGGUUCGUCGCCUGUUCAUGGAGCACAAGGAAAAGCAAUUAGAGGACGACGUUGUCGAUUGGGUGCUGGAAAACUUGAUAGACAACACGCGUAGCAGACGAGCCCUCCUGAAGAAAAUGAAGGAGCUCUACCUCCUCACCGAUUACAAGAAAGGCAACGCAAGGAAAUCCGCUAAGGUACCGAAACAUUGGAGCCCUGAAGAGGAGGACCAACUGACGGAGUUGUACGAGCAAUUCAAGGAUGCUAUGGAUCCUCUGGGUUGCAUCAUGGACAGACUUAAUGUAUCGAGGUCGAAGAAUAGGAUCAUCGAGAAGUUGCUGGUUCUUGGUUUGAUACAGGAUAGGAAGGAAGUUAGAAAGAAGAGGACUAAGGGAGCUUCAAGACCCAGAUCUGGUCCUAGAAAUGCAGAAUCCGACCGUUCAGAUGGCAGCAGUGGCUCGGACGACGACGACGACUCCGACGGACCAUCGACUAGCAUCGCAAGAAGAGCCGACGUCGGUAGCAAGAAGAAGAACACCAAGAGAACGACAGUCGUAAAUGUUUCAUCAAAGAGGUUGGCAGAAUUGAUAUUAGGCGUUGCAGGAUCAGGUAUGAACGAGUCUUUAGAUUGGCUCAAAGAGAGCUUUUCAGAUGCUAUAGAAGACUUUGAUGAAGAAGCAGAUGAAGGAAUACCUCUAGUACCUAUUAUGGACUACUCAGUAACGGCCAUGGAAAAUCCUGAUUUCCAAAAUAUGUUACAAGCGAUGGGCAUUUCAAAACCUUCAAAUGAGCAAGAAACUUAUUGGAGAAUACCAAGUAAUUUACCUUUGGAUACUCUGAAGAUCCUUCUUGAUUUAUUAUCUAAGGCUUUGGAGGGUAACCUCACCAUACCUGAAGAAGAUGUUCAUAUUGCUGUUGGACAACAAGAUAUAUCUCAAAUAGAGCAGAAUGAAGAAUCACCUCCGAAUACAGCAGAAACUGCCGGAAACAACUCAGAGGAAUCCGAUGAUGAAGAUGUUUUCGAGUUGAUUAGGAAGAGUAAUAAUCGAACAUUAGAACAACCUUCAACCAGUUCCACAAAUGAGAACAAAAGGAGAAGACCAUCUAGCUCAGAAGACGAUGAGAACCAAAUAAAAACGGUUAAAAAAAGAAAAAAUACUAUACAUAGAAGUAACGACAUUGUAGAUUCAGAAGAUGACGAUGUUACCAAUGGAGAAGAAAUAACACAAAAGAAACCAAAACGAAGAGUGUUUAUAGAUGAAAGUAGCAAUGAAAGUAAUGCUCAAAACUUGGAAGAACUGCACAAUUCCUCUUCAGAUGAAGAUAUUUUCGAAAAGUUGAAGAAAAUGUCUGAUGGUAAUCAAGAAGAUAAAUCAGCGGAAGAAAAACAGUCCAAGAGUGUGAAACUAUCUAAAAAGCGAAGAACUUCUAACUCAAAUGAUAUUUCAUAUGACAAUAAUGAAGAUCUGCUAGCUAUGGCUGAAGAAAAAUUAAAGAAUGAGAGAAAAAAGAAGAAAGAUGCCAAAACAUCCAAAAAAGAUGGUAGUAAAAAAACAAAGAAAGGAGAAAACUCAAAACUUGAGCAAAAAACAUCAAAGAAAGCACCCCCCAAAAAAGUAGACACCAUGGUUUACAAAAGUAAAGAAUUCAUUUCUGAAAGUGAGGAAAGUAGUGAUGAUGGUGAAUCUGAAAGAAAAUUAAAAGACCAUUAUGAACAACUACUACAGAAAGAUAUAGAGGAGCUGGCUGCGAAGAAAGCUAUCUUAUCUAAAAAUAAUAAUGAUGAGAACGAUAGUGAUUUGGAUACAAGUGAAAAUGCAAAUUCGAAAUCUAACAAGAAAAAAUUAGUAUCCGGGGAAUCCAACACAGAUGAUACAUCUGAUGAUGAAGAAUCAAAUAAGGAACAUACAAGUUCAAACAAAACAAAAAAGUCUGCAAGGAAGAUAAUGGAAACUGAUGAAGAAGAAUAGAAGCUAGAUUUUUGUUGAUUCCAGUUUUUGUUUUCAUUUUAAAAUAAAAAGUUUCAAUGUUGAGAAUUAUUAUUCAAUAAAGAAUAAGAAAGA